CUCGCCAGCUUCACGGACACGUCAAUCAAGUGGUGGGCGGAGCCGGCGCCCCGGCCGGCCCUCGCGUCUGCGCAGUGGACAGUGUAGCCGCCGGCUCCGCCCCCUUCACUGACACGUCAAUCAAGUAGUGGGCGGAGCCGGCGCCCCGGCCGGCCCUCGCGUCUGCGCAGUGGGUAGGGUAGCCGCCGGCCCGGAAGAGGGGCUGCAGGAGUCGGCAUGGAGAGACUCAGGAGCAGUUUGUUUAGGGUCCGGCGGUCCGCUGCUCCGGAGCCCGUCAGGCUGAGAAAAAGGAAGUCGACGCUGUAUGGUAAAGAAUGCUCCGACGUGGAGCAGGGAACAGGAUUAUUGGGUCCAAACACCUAUUUAAUUAUCUUCUCUGUAGCUUUGAGGUCUGUGAACUGCCUUCUGGUCCAGACCAGCUUUGUUCCAGAUGAGUACUGGCAGACACUCGAAGUUGCUCACAACAUGGUCUUCAAGUAUGGUUAUUUAACCUGGGAAUGGAAAGAGAGGCUACGAGGCUACACCUACCCAUUGAUUUUUGCAAGCUUCUAUAAAUUGUUGCAAAUAUUCAAGAAGGAUACAGUACAACUGCUGGUCUGGGUUCCUCGAUUGGUCCAGUCUCUUCUGGCAGCACUGGCAGAUGUAACAUUAUAUUCCAUUGCAAAGAAACAGGCAAAUGCAGAGAUUGCAAAGUGGGUGUACUUCUCUCAACUGUGCUCCUGGUUCACAUGGUAUUGCAGUACCCGAACUAUUACCAAUAGCAUGGAAGCUGUUCUAACCAGUUUUAUACUUUAUUACUACCCUCUUCAGGGUACAAAGACUGGAAGUAGUUCAAAAUAUCUCGCUUUGACUGCGUUUGCAUUUGUUGUGCGCCCCACUGCUAUUAUUCUUUGGCUGCCACUGGUAUUUAUUCAUUUCUGGCAAGAAGUAAAGAAACUGGAUCUUCUCCUGUACAAAUGUCUACCAGCUGGAUGCUUAUCCCUUGGGAUUUCACUGAUCAUUGACCGAAUAUUUUAUGGUGAGUGGGUUAUGGUUCAGUGGAAUUUUCUCAGAUUCAAUGUGAUUCAGAACAUGGGAUCAUUCUACGGCUCUCAUUCUUGGCACUGGUACUUCACUCAAGGAUUUCCUGUUAUCAUGGGAACACAUUUGCCAUUUUUCAUUCAUGGAUGUCUUCUGGCGCCCAAGAAGAACAGAAUUUUACUACUGGCAAUUCUUUGGACUGCUAUUGUAUACAGCUUCUUAAGCCACAAAGAAUUUAGAUUUAUUUAUCCAGCAAUGCCCAUCUGCAUGGUAUUUUGUGGCUAUUCAUUGGCUAAUUUGAAAGCAUGGAAGAAACCAGCAGUCAUGUUUCUGUUUCUUUCCAAUAUGUGUUUAAUUCUGUAUACUGGAUUAAUUCACCAGCGUGGAACACUCGAUGUAAUGCAAUAUGUUCAAAAUCUCUGUAAGGAAACCAUGCUGGAGAAAGAAGAGCCCUCUUUGUUCUUUCUGAUGCCUUGUCAUUCAACGCCAUUCUACAGCUAUGUUCAUUGCCCAAUAAAAAUGCACUUUCUGGAAUGUCCUCCAGACCUGAGUGGAAAUAAUACCUAUGUUGAUGAAGCUGACUUGUUUUUCAAGGAGCCCCUUACAUGGCUGAACACAAGAUUUUCUGCUCAAGCCUCCCUUCCCACUCAUCUAGUAUUGUACAACAUAUUGGAACAGAACAUUGAACCCUUCCUAAAGACCAAAAACUAUGCGAAAGUGGCAAUAUUUUUUCACACUCAUGUGCCAGAAGGUCGUGUAGGAAGCCAUAUUCAUGUAUUUGAAAGAAAAAAAAUGAUUAUAGGUGAUUCAGAAUAUUGA